AAACUUCUUUAAUUUGAAGUCGAUUGUUAGUUUAACUGUAUUUGGUUAGACCAUCUCCAAUCGUUAUUCUAUAUUCCCAUAAACAAAAUUUGGGACAGGAUGAUGGAGGAGCUCCACGCAAGAGGGAAAACAAUUGAGGAAAUCACGGAGUGUUUGAGGCGGGUUCCUAUGAAUCCCAGUGUAAUUUCAGCCAUCAGAAAAGCCCAUUCUCUGCCUUGGUGCGAAUUAAGAAUAAUCAGCGACGCGAAUCAGUUCUUUAUUGAGACAAUCUUGAAGCAAUUUGGGUUGUUUGAUUGUUUCACGGAGAUAGUUACAAACCCUAGCAUUAUUGAAGGAGGCAGGCUGAGGAUAUUCCCUUACCAUUCCUCUCCUCAUGGUUGCAGUUUAUGCCCUCCCAAUUUAUGCAAGGGUCUCGUGAUAGAGCAGAUCCAAGCUAAAGGGAAGAUAAGAAUGAUCUACCUUGGAGAUGGAAGAGGUGAUUUCUGCCCAAGUCUGCAGCUUGGAGAGGGAGACCAUGCGAUGCCAAGAAAGGAUUUUCCUUUAUGGAAGAGGAUUUGUGAUAACCGCACGAUUAUCAAGGCAAAGGUCGAUGAGUGGAGCAACGGAGAGGAGCUUGGGAGGAUUCUAAGCCAGCUUAUUGACACAGGCACCAUAUAAGGAAACUUGGAUACUUCGUCACCGCAAUUCACCAUCCGAUACGUGUAUCAUCUGAAACUUUUCAAUGUUAGACUAGUACUCUUUGGGUUGACGUAGAAUGACUUUGGAUAUCAUUUUCCAAUAUUUCGCAUCAAACUUUAAAAAAAUAUUUGAGGAUUGGGUUGUAACUCUGCAAAGAGAGCUAGAUUAUUCUCGUGGAAGCAAUAUAACAACACGGUUUUCUUA